AUGGACCAUCAUGAAGAGUUGUCAAUUGUACACAGUGAGCUAUCACUAACCAUCUCCUCCCUUAGUAUCGUGUGUCGUGCCUUCCAAGGUGUCGGAGGUGCUGGUAUCUUCAGCAUGGUUCCGAUCAUUGUAGUGGAGAUGGUCGAGCCACAGAAAUACGGCGCAUAUAAUGGAUUCGUGUCUAUUGCGAUUGCGCUCAGCUUUUUGCUAGGUCCAUUACUCGGCGGUGCGAUCACGGACGGUACCACCUGGCGCUGGAUCUUCUGGAUCAAUUUACCUGUCGGGGCUAUCGCACUAGCUUUGAUCCUUAUCACCAUGCCGGCUGGCUUUCCCGACCGUGCCGCAAUGGCUUCUCCGAACUUAUUUGGUUUCUUCAAGAAGGACUUCAAUAUUCGUAACCGCGUCGACUAUCCGGGCUUCUUUAUGUUGUUGACUACUUGUGUCUUGCUUGUCGUUGCUAUAGAGGAAGCGGGUACUGAUUAUGCCUGGAACUCCGCGUUGGCUCUUACCUGCUUGGUAUUAGCAGGCGUCAUAUUCAUCGCUUUUAUCACUUGGCAAUGGUAUAUGGAUUACUCCAAGUCUCCGCGGGAGCCCGUCUUUCCUUGGCAGUUCGUGAAGAACAGGGUGCUGAUGGGAAUGUAUCUCCAAGCCUUUCUAUCCGGUAUUCCUUUCGUCACUUUUGUCAUCGAACUGCCUCUUCGCUUUAUAAGUAUCAAUGGCAAGUCCGCGUUCGAUUCGGGUGUAGGUGUCUUACCAUUCACAUUGGGCAUUGGCGUCUCGUCCGGACUGGCGGGCAUGUUCUUAGCCAAAGGUCGCGUCCCAGUCAUUCCACAAGUAUUAUUCGCAAGCAUACUGCAAAUCCUAGGAACGGGGCUGCUAUACUCGGUGCCGGUCACCACACAUAUUCCUGCCCGCAUAUACGGAUAUCAAGUCCUUGUUGGAAUGGGCGCUGGCUUCAGUCUCACUUCGCUCAUCAUGACUGUGCCAGCCAUAGUAGACCGACGCGUUUUAGCGGUCGGCAUGGGGGGUGUUACACAAAUGCGUAUCUUAGGUGGUGCGCUUGGAACUUCAAUCGCAACGAACAUUCUAAAUACCACGGCGAAAAGUCGGCUGGCGACGGAAAUCUCAGCCGAGACGCUUUCUCGUAUACUCAAAGAUGUCUCAUUGGUUAAGACUCUUUCUUCGGCCGAUCAAUUGUUGGUUCAAGCUGCGUUUGGGGAGGGAUUUAAAAGACAACUGGCUAUGAUGUUAGGCUUCUGUGCUGCUGAAGUUAUUGCCGUGGCGAUGAUGAUGGAGUGGCCACUGCGACGGCUGCAAUAA